AUGCCUUUGGAAGCGCAAAGUUCAUCACUGGCGAGCGACCUUGUGGCUCGCUUUCUGCGCGCACACAAUUACACAGAGACCCUCGAUGCCUUCCUCCGCGAAGCGGGAUUGCCAGCCAAUGCGGGACAAAUCCGCGGAAAGGACGAGCAGGACUCCUGGACCAUCGAGAGCGUGCUCGACGAGAAACGAGCGUUUCAUAAGAGCGUGAGCUUUGAGCGGUACAACGAGAGCGACCAGGAAAAGGAUUUCUGGAGUGUGCCUGCCCCGGCCAACCCUACGAUCAUCGAGACGCCAACCGCAUCCAAUCUGCUAUCCUGCUCUGUGGAGCACUGGCAACAUGACGACAGGGAAGGGCAGUCCGACGGACCCAUCCUGGUGGCCACCGGAGCAGACAAACAGCUCCAUGUGUUCCAAGCCUCCGCCGGCAACGACCUCGUGCGGUCCUUCUCCGGCACGUCGGAGUCGCCGAUCUUGUCCUACACGCCGAUCCGAGAAGGCCAGUUCCUGCUCCUGACCAACAUGUCCGGCCACCUCCUUCUCCAGCGUGGAGCCAGCGUCGUCGCGCGCCGGAAAGACCAUGCCAAAUACGCGGUCAAGGUGGUCGCGCACGAAGCAGACGACAAGACCGUAUGGGUUGCAACCGCGGGCUGGGACUCGAAGGUCUUCCUCUAUCAGCUCAGCGCCGGCAAUAGCAGCCACAGCAGCCUUGCAGCAGCCGACGAGCACACCCCAGUAACCAUCGGCGAGCCCGUGGCGCAGAUCUCCCUGCAAACGAACCCGGAAUCCAUCCUCUUCGUCCGUCACGUCGACACGAAGGAACUUCUUCUCCUCGUCUCCAGACGGGACUCGACGUAUAUCUACUACUACCGCGUAGAAGGGUCACGGGCAGCAUCCACCGCUGCAGAAACAACCCACCCUCAGCAGCAGCAGCAGCAUCAGGCCGAGUGUGUCCUGCUCGGGAGACAGAACCUGGCCCCGCACUCGAACGCCUGGGUGGCGUUCUCCCCCUCGUGCAUGGCCCUCAGCCCCCAUGACGCGGGCCUUCUUGCGGUUGCAACGUCCACGCUCCCGCACAUGAAGGUCAUGAUUGUGCGGCUGCUGUUUCCGUCGCAGGAGACGCUGGGCGGGAGCGGUGAGGAUGACGGUGAUGGUGGCGUGGGUGCGAGGGAGCCGGUGACGCAGGCUGCGCAGGCGCUUGCGGCGCUGUCGCUUCAGAACCGAGAGGAUGCUGCCAUCAUGGUUCAGGCCAACACUUUCGCGCCGCAGACGGCGUACUCGACCCCGCAGGUGGUGUGGCGGCCGGAUGGCUCGGGAGUCUGGGUCAAUGGCGAUGAUGGGGCUAUUCGCGGACUCGAGGCCAAGUCCGGUAAGAUUGUUACUGUCUUGAAGAAUGGCCAUGAGGCAGGGUGUAAGAUUAGAGCCAUCUGGGCCGGCUGGGUUGAGCGUUCAGGCUCCGAUGGCAGAGCUCUGAGGGAGGAAUGGCUAGUUAGUGGAGGGUUCGAUAAGAGGCUCGUGGUCUGGAAGAUAUAGUAUACAGUCGGGGAACAUUUAUGUUUGUG